CCAAUGACAAAACUAAUAUCCAAGGGAUGACAGGAACUCCGAUGGUGGCUGCUAGUCCUGAGAGACACGAUGGUGGUUUACAGGCGAACCCAGUGGAGGUGCAGAGUUACCAGCCGCCUUGGAAAGUACUGAGUGACUUCGCAUUGCAGAGUGACAUAGAUCAACCUGCUUUUCAGCAACUAGUUAAUUUUUCAGAAGGAGGACCUGGUUCCAAUUCCACUGGAAGUGAAGUAGCAUCAAUGUCCUCUCAGCUCCCAGAUACACCCAACAGCAUGGUAGCCAGUCCUAUUGAGGCAUGAGGAACAUUAAUUCAGAUUUCUGUUGUUGUUGUUUCUGCCCUUACCCUCACCCCUGUUGGAGAGAGUGGGAAAGUGAUCACGUUGGGACUCCGAAAUUUAGGGGGAAAAAUAUUUAACAACCCUGUUAAUGAACCUAGCAAAGAACCACUCCAUGAGAUGAACAGAGUCUUUUUCGAAAUGACAAGGUAAUAUGGUAGCAACACUGUGAAGACAAUCAUGGGAUCUUACUAGAAUAAAUAUAAAACAAAAGCCCACGCUAUUCAAUGAUCAGAGGAGGAUUGAAGAGACGAUUUCAAAAUGCAGAGGAUUUGUACUCGUGGAUC